CUGCUUUGUCUGAAGUGACUCUCGACUUUUCUAUUACGAUGUCCUCUCAUCUGUGCGCUCUGAUCCUGUUUGUUCUGUGCGGUGUGUUUGGUGAUACAGAUGUAAUGAAGUCAGUAUCAGUAACUGAGGGAGAUUCUGUUACUCUAAACACUGAUGUUACUGAAGUACAGAGAGAUGAUCAGAUACUGUGGAUGUUUGGACCUAAAGAGACUCGUAUAGCUGAACUCUUUAAGCAGAGCAUUGAUAUGUUUAGCAGUAAUGAGAUAUUUGGAGACAGACUGCAGCUGGACUCUUUCACUGGAUCUGUGACCAUCAGAAACACCAGAACCACAGACUCUGGACUUUAUAAACUACAGAUCCGGAGCGACAGAGGAAACUCAGACAAGACAUUCAGUGUUACUGUCUAUGCUCGUCUGCCUGUUCCUGUCAUCACUAAUAACUCUUCACAAUGUUCUCCAUCAUCAUCCAUGUCCAGAUGUUCACUGCUGUGUUCAGUGGUGAAUGUGGGUCAUGUGACUCUCUCCUGGUUCAAAGGAAACAGUUUAUUGUCCAGCAUCAGUGUGUCUGAUCUCAGCAUCAGUCUCUCUCUUCCUCUGGAGGUGGAAUAUCAGGAGAAAAACACCUACAGCUGUGUGCUCAACAAUCCCAUCAGCAACCAGACGAGACAUCUGCACAUCAGUCAGUUUUGCUGGCCAUGUGCAGAAGGAAUGUCUGUGCGUUUCGGUUUUAUGCUACCUAUAAGCAUUUGUGUGCCGUUGCUGCUGCUGCUGAUAAUUUCUUCAUGUGUGUUUUACUGCUGCUGCAGGAAAUGCAAUCAAGAAAAAACAGACGGUUUUAUGGCAUCCACAAGCUCAGAGGUGUCACAGCUCAGUCAGGCCCUUCACUCCACCAAUCACAACGAUCCACCUCACCAGAGUUCUGAUCACGCACACCUGCACCCAAUCACCUCAUCAUCUUCCCUCACUACAAAAGCUCCUCUCACACUCACUUCACUGUCCGAUCUCGUUCAUCAUUACACGGACUCCGACUUUGUGAUCUCUCAAGACCAAAGACCUAUAUCCUUCCAAGAAAAGCAUUGCCUUACCUGUCUGCCUUACCUUCUGUGUCCCUUCCUCCUAGUGUCUCUAGUUUUCCCUCCAGUGAAGUGAGUGGAUUCACCAGUCUCAUCGCCGUGUCACGCUGUGGAAAAGAAGUUCAUCUGUCAUUCCUUCACCCCAUCCUCAAACCUGCCGAGAGAGCUCAUCACUUACUCACCCUUCCACCUAUAGUGUGCCUCACCUGCAAAAAAUAAACGCAGCUUUGUUGUUUCACCUUUUACCCUUUGUGUCCGAGUCCAUAACAGAAGAUCGGACCGCACCGACACUGCAGGAUGAGCACCACGGAUCCCUUCCAGGAGCUGGUGGACUCCUUAAAGAAAUGGCUCUUACAAUCGCCCACACCAACGGCACCACCAGCUCCACCACCGUCACUACCACCUCAGCCAUCAGCCGUCAACACGAGCACUUCCCCACCGAUUGUCUUCGCCAGUCCCAUGGCCCGACCAGCGAAAUUAAAAUAAAAUAAAAUAAAAUUGUCCUGUAUAUCCUAAAUUUGGAACCCCAAAAGAAGGUUUCCUGCUUUUUUACAUUAGGGGGACACCAAGGAUGGUUGUAUCACUGGUCAGCUGUAACACUUACAAUUUCUCAAAUAAGCAACAAGUUACAAAUCACCAAAUUCACUUCAUACAUGUUCAGUUUAGUCCUUAUUCCAUGUGAGGAAAUAGAGCCCUGUGGCAGACACAGCAGAUUUUAGAAGAUAAAGACUAAUUUUGAGGUAAUAAAGUAACAUCUCACCCCAGUGGAUAUCAUAACGUUACAUUUCACCCCAGGGUAUGUUACAGCUAACCCAGAAUAUGGGGUGAAUUGUAACAUUUCACUCCACGUGUUUGAAACUAAGCCAUUCAUCGUCUAAGCCAUUUAAUAGCAGACACUUGCAACUAGUUUGAAUCACAUUAAUAAUGCACUCGCUUAAAAGAGUUCCAAGAUAUAAACAGAAAUGUCAAAAAUGUUUCAACCAUCAAAAAAAAAAAAAAAAAGAUUCUUAUAGCAUUCCAUAAUUGAUGGACUUUACACAGUUAUUAAACUGAACUGAGUCAACUGACUUUAAAUGAAAAACUGACUGUUUACUACUCUCCUCUUUUAAAGCUUGGUAGAAAUCACAUUCAGGCUCUCUCUCUCUCUUGUCGGGCCCUUUGAAUCAUCCAUGCUGACAUGGCAGCAACUUCAUCUGUUGUAGCUGUAUACUUUUAAUAUUCUAUGCUGUAUGUGUCAGUGACCUUGAAUGAUGUCUUGGAGUUCUACUUGUGAUAAUUGAGGUCUACUUGUAAUAACUGAAUUCAGCUGAUUGUCCUUAAUUGCUAAUCUACCCAGAAAAAGGGUGAAUGUUUGUUGUAGAGCAAGCACUGAAGAUAGCAAUGUCCACUUGUUUUUAACUCACAUGCACUCAGCCUGUAUUUGAUUCAGUGUGCGGUUAGCCACUUUCCUGUUUGCUUUUAAGUAUUCCUUUGGCUCUACGCACCUGCAGUUAAAGGACUUAUUUUUUCUUAUUUGGAGCGCCACAAUUUUUCUUAAGCAAUUAAUACUCACAGAUUUGCAGCUCUUUAUUACUCUUCCUCUUUAUGGUCCAAUUCAUUUUAGUACAAUAUUACUAACCAGGUUAUUGUUUUUUUAAGGUUAUGAUGUUAAACUUUUGCAUGUGUAAUGCUCUUCUCCAUAUCUCACUACAUCCUGUAAAACCUAUAGCUCCAACCACUGUCCUGAUAUUAAUAGUGUAUGUGGAGUCAGUAGUGUGUGUGAAAUAAAAACUCAGUGGUUUGAGAAAGAAAUAAUCCCUUCUAGCAUUUUUGUUUAAAGAAUAAAUUUGUACUGAA